AUGAGAGACCUGUUUUCAUCUCAGAGUUUGGACGAAGCAGUCAGAAACAAUAAGUUGAGUGUGCGAGUUCUCUAUAACAGGUUGCUGAAUACUAACAAGGUUUAUUUUGCUAAUGUGGUUUGGUGUUCCCUAGCUGUGCCUAAGCAUAGAUUUAUCUUUUGGCAAGCUUCUCUUGGUCACCUGCUAACUAGAGACAAGUUACAGAUGUGCCACUUGCACUUAACUUCUGAUCUGUGUCCGGUUUGUGAAGAGUAUCAGGAGUCCCAUUCACAUUUGUUUUUUGCUUGUUCUUUCUCUCAUCAGCUGAGAACCAGAUUGGAGAGCUGGCUGGGAAAAGAUGCUUGGCCGAGUAGGUUUGAUGACUGGCAUUCGUGGAUGAUGGGCAAGCCUAAGGGUCUUUUGCAAAGAGUUGCUGCUGCAACAUUUGUGGCUGCUGUCUAUCUGAUAUGGAGAAAUAGAAACAAGUGUCUGUUUGAGUUUAGUUCUUGGUCUGUUGACUAUGUUAUUCAACAGAUUAGAUACUCUGUAAAAGUUAGGCUUACUAGGACUCCUAAGAUAAAAAUCAAUCAUAGGGAUAUAGCUGUGUUUGAUUACAUGAUGAAUUUGUAA